AUGGCUGCAUUACCUUCUAGAAUAGCAGCCAAAUUUCUUCAGACUCUUCGAAAUGUAUUUGAAAUUUCUAAAGAUGGCAAUGUGGCCUUUGAUAUAUUGCAUCUGAAAGAAAAAUCCUACUUUGUCACAGACUAUGAUCCCACUAUUGAAGAUUCCUAUACAAAGCAAUGUCAAAUAGAUAGUAUAGUAGCACGCUUAGACAUUCUUGAUACUGCUGGUCAGGAAGAAUUUAGUGCUAUGCGAGAGCAGUACAUGCGAACUGGUGAAGGUUUUCUGCUUGUGUUCUCUGUAACAGAUAGAAGUAGUUUUGAGGAAAUAUAUAAAUUUCAAAAACAGAUCUUAAGAGUAAAAGAUCGAGAUGAGUUCCCCAUGAUUUUAGUUGCAAAUAAGGCAGAUUUAGAAGAUAACCGAUCGGUUAGUAAAGAUGAAGGCUUGGAACUCGCCAGGCAGCUGAAAGUUAGCUAUACAGAAGCAAGUGCCAAAAACAGAAUGAAUGUUGACCAAGCAUUCUAUGAUUUGGUCAGAAUUAUCAGAAAAUUCCAAGACGAAGAACGUCCACAAGUGAAACCUGAGAAAAAACUGAAACGAGCCUGCUGUAUACUGUAGCAUAUUAUCCAGUGUCUCUGCUUCUUCAAAUAACAAGAUAUAUUAAUAAUAACAACAACAACAAAAACAAACUACCCAGAAGUCUCUCACUCUAUUGCGCACUCUCUCUUGUUCUUUUCCUCACUCACUCUAUCUUUCUAUCUGUAUAUCUAUCUAUGCCUAUUUCUGGUUCUGUACUUUAUUGCUCAGAGCCUCCUGCCAACCAACCAACCAACCAACCAACCACCCAACCAAUCAGCAUUCCUCACAGGACAACCUGUUAUCUACUUCCUCUGCCAUUGUGUAUAAAGUAUAAUAUAAUAUAUAUAUAUAUAUAUAUAUAUAUAUAUAUAUAUAAGUAUGUAUGUGUCUACUUCCAUGUAUUACUGUGCGUAUAUGAAAUACAUAUACAUAUAUAGAGAGAGAUAGGUGUUACAUAUUCUAAAUAUUAUGUUUAUAUGAAAUAUGUGUAUACAAUAAUACACAUACAAACAAUAUCAUGUACAUAUAUAUAUAUAUAUAUAGACAUAUAUAUGUGAUUGUGUGUAAACUUCCCAUGAAUAUGUAACCACACACACACACACACACAAAUCCUUAAUGUGUGUACAUAUUUGAAGUAAUAAUAUAUAUAUUCUUUAGAGGAUAUAUAUAUAUACACUAAGGUGUAUGUGUAUACAUAUAUUGUACAUACAUAUUUUAAAUACUUAUGUAUCUAUAUAGGUAUUUAAAAUAAUGUCUGCAUAUGUGUAUGUAUAUAUAAUUGCAUAUGUGUAUAUAUCAUUACAUGUAUAUUAUUUUUUAUUUGGCAGAAGUUACAAAGUGACCCAAAUGUUGAGAGUUUUGUGCAAUGGCACUUAUCAAACUGCUUUAUAAUAUCCCACACUUUGGGGAAGUACUGCUGCUAAUCAAAAGUAAUAAAAAAAAAUAUACUCAUA